UCUCACUUGAUUUUGAUGUUUAUGCUUUUUAUUUGGUAAAUGGAAAUAGAAACAUAUUAAUGGAAUCAAAGAUUUAUUUUAGCCUUAUUAAAUUGAUUGGUAAUUUCACUGAAAAUAUUUUGUGGUAAUGGCGUCCACAUCUAAAGAUAAGGUGCAAAACUCCUGUAGUCAUAAUAAUCCUGAAAAAGACCUAGAACCAGGUGCAUCUCACGACAGCAUUUUGAACCCUACGGAUUCUUUUGAGGAGUUUGCUACUGAGAUGAACACAAGUCUUGAGGGCAGAUCUACAGAUGUUACAAAAAAAUCCAGUACAAUCAGUGAGAUUCAAAGUGAAAUCGGUGAAUGCUCAAAGGAACUAAAAGAAACUACUUCUAGUGAAAAUUUGCAAAAUAAAGAUGAAGCCAUAUCCUCUUCAGUGAGCAAUUCAAACUUACAAGAACAGAAUGGUGAUGAGACAGAAAGUGAAGUGGAUGACUAUUUAAAAUCACCAGAGCUAGUUAAUAAAGAAAAACAUGUUUUUAUACUUAGCUCUGCUGGAAAGCCCAUUUAUACAAGAUAUGGCAAUGAAGAUAAACUAGCCGGCUUAUGUGGAGUUAUCCAAGCGUUAGUUAGUGUUGUUGAAGAACAAAAUCGAGAUAUUUUAAGGUCUAUCAUCACGAAAGAUUGCAAGGCGGUGUUUUUAGUUAAAGGACCACUUAUAUUAGUAGGCAUGUCAAAAUCUAAUGAGAGUGAAACUCAAUUAGUUUUACAGUUAACGUAUGCCUUCAACCAAAUUGUCUCAGUAUUGACACUAACACAAUUAAACCGAAUAUUCGAGCAGCGUAGAAAUUACGAUUUACGGCGAUUACUGUCCGGUGCUGAGCGUCUUAUAGACAAUUUACUCAUUUUCAUGGAGAAAGACCCAGCAUUUUUACUUGGAGCUGUCCGGUGCUUACCAUUGCCAGAGAAAGUUAGAGAAAAUAUCACUAAUGCUAUAAUUUCCACAUGCCACAAAAUAAGAGAUUUAGUAUUUGCUAUACUUAUAGCUGGAAAUCAAUUAAUAACAUUAGUUAGAAUGAAAAAGUAUACAUUACAUCCAUCAGAUAUACAUUUACUGUUCAAUUUGGUACGGAGUUCUGAGUCCUUCAAAACUGCUGAAAGUUGGACGCCAAUUUGUUUGCCAAAGUUUGAUGCAACGGGCUUUCUUCAUGGCCAUGUAUCGUACAUAUCUGAAGACUGUCAAGCCUGUCUAUUACUACUUACAGUACAACGUGAUGCCUUUUACCCACUGUCACAAGCCAAGCACACUAUAUCAGACAAACUGAGACGAUCAAACUGCCUUACAGCGAUCAAUGAUGCUCUGAACAGGAAUAAAGAUCUCACAACCACCAACCCUCUUAAACAUAUAGGGAUUCCAGAAAUAAGACACUUUAUGUAUAAAUGCAAAUCUACAGCUCAGUUAUUCACCUCUGACCCCAUAAGUUUGGAUCGGCUACAAGAUUAUAGACAAAGACACAAAGAAGGGGGUGAUGUUGUUCAGAAAAAGGUGGAGAAAUUAUCAGACAUGGAUUAUGUGAGGAAUUAUAGGGAAUUUUGUAGUAAGAUACAUUGUGCACGAUCACCAGCAAAGUUGAUUUUCAGGUCUAAUUCUGAAGACACCAUCUUGGCUUGGAUAACAAAUGGUUUCGAGCUGUAUGUAACAUUUGAUCCACUUAUGGAAAAAGAUCUAGCUAUUCGAGCUGUGGACAGGCUAUUGAGAUGGAUCAAAAAUGAAGAAAAAAGAAUAUUUAUUAUGAACGCGCCUACGUUUUAGACAUUUCCAGAAUUUUAUGAAAUCUCAGUAUCUCUGUUAAUCUGACUUGCCAGAGUUAUAGUAAGCUAUAACUUAAAAAUGUUUGUUAGUCAUUUUGAUUAGUUAGUCUCUUGAAGAGCUUCAUAUUGUUCAAAAUCAAUAUUGGUGUAUUCUAGUAAAAUUAAAUAUUGAACCCUUACUUCCCAUUACAUACCUAAUAAAUAGGAUUUUAAUUCAGAUAAAAUUCUUUGAAAACAUGAGCACAAGAACUUACAAAUAAUAAUGUAAAAUAGCUUCUUAUACUCCGAUAAAAAUAUCAUUAUUAAUUUUACGAGAUGUUAGUCACUAAAUAAAACAAAUUAAAAAAACAAUAAUCAAAACUUUUAUCACAACUGAUGUGUGCUGCAUCAGCUUUGCAGAUCUCCAGUAUUUAAUUCAUGGCUUGUUUAAAAAUGUGAAAUGAGAUCAUAGCAUUAUAGCUAAAAGCAAAAUUAUAUUUUGUGAUAUUACAUAUAGAAUAUAGUAGGAAAUUUGUAUUUAGGGAAAUAUGUACAAAAGUUGUUGUAAAUGUUACAUAUUUUAAUUAUUGUUUGAAUUUCAUUUAGACUUUGGUUAUCUAGGAUGUUAACUCAUGUGGGGGUUGCAAGCAAUUGAAAGCUUUUAAUCAAUUAAUACUGUUUACAAGGCAGCCUUUAUAUUUUGAGUUAUAAUUAUUUAUUUUUACUUUAAAUACAUCUCAAUCAAGGUUAUGUAUUGUAAUGAUAUCUUUUUUGAAAUUUUGUGAUUUCUGUAUAUAUUGUAAUGCAAAAUAAAUCAAAAAAUAUUAUGUAAAUAGAUAUUAAAUUGUAUUUUUUAA